CUGGGGGCUUGGGAAUUGAUUGACCACAAAAUCUUAACCAAAAGGAGCAUAAAGUUUACGACCAAAAACUAUCUCACACACCCGGGGACCGGAAUCACCAAAAAUAAGACAGCGUGUAGAGUGACGGAAGAGCCGUGUCUCACUUUUUGGCGAGUGUGCGUCUUGUAUCUUGUGUCGGUGAGGGGCAGUUCAGGUUCAAUGCUGCAAAUUAAACGCUGCGUUGUUGUUGCUGCCCCUGCUGCUGGUGCUGGUGCUGGUGCCGGUGCAGGUCCCAGCCCCGAACAGAUUGGCGUGCCAAAAUGCUAUAAAUGCGCCGCCGCUCCAGUUCAGUCACAUUCAUUCUCGUGGCGAGUUCACAGUGACAACAAGUCAGCCCAGCCCAGCCCAGUCCCAAACCAUCCCAAAAUGAACAAAUUCAUCGUCCUUGCCGUCGCCGCCCUGGCCGUUGCCUGUGUCCAGGCCCGUCCUGACGCCUUCGACGCCGCCGCCGAGACGAGGGAGUACAAGAGCGACCUGAAGGAGGACGGCAGCUACCAGUACCAGUACCAGACCUCCAACGGCAUUGCCGGCCAGGAAGCGGGCGUGGGCGGCUACUACGCCAGCGGCUCCAACGCUUACUACGCCCCCGACGGCCAGCUCAUCCAGCUGACCUACACAGCCGACGCGACCGGCUUCCACCCCGCCGGCGCCCACCUGCCCACACCUCCUCCCAUCCCAGCGGCCAUCCUCAAGUCCCUCGAGUACAUCCGCACCCACCCGCACCAGGAGACGCGCCAGGGUCAGGGACGAUUCUAAGCGACUGUUGGGGUUAAACCAUGUUCCACGUUAUCCGAGUUAGGCUUAAGUCAUAUCAAAUAAAGUAAACAUCGAUUGGGGCUGUUGAAACACUCCCGAAAAUUAAAAA